AUGAAAUCCUUUAAAAUAUAUAUAGUUGGAGAAUCUAACAGUGGAAAAUCAUCAAUUCUAAGUGUUUUAUAAAAUAAACCAUUUACCUUUAACAUUGCUUAAACAAUAGGCAUAAAUUAUUGCAGAUAUCAAAAAAAUGGCUAGAUCUACGAGAUUUAUGAUACAAGUGGUUUGGCUCAAUUUGAAUAACUCACAAUAAAUAGCAUGAAAAAUGCUAACUUGAUUAUUCUUUGCUUUGACAUCUCAUCAAAAGAUGCUUUUCGAGAUGUUGAAAAAUGGUUGAAUAUUAUUUAAAACUCUGCAUAAGCAACUCCAACUGUCCUAGUUGGGAAUAAAACAGAUAAAAUUUUACAAAAGAAAAAUAGAUAAAUAGAAGAAUUGAUUCAAAAUUAUGCCCUGUAUUAUACUUCAGCACGUAGUCCUUAAACCGUCAAAGAAAUGUUUAAUACAGUAUUUGAAAGUUAUAGACUAUUGCAUGAUAGAGUAGAAAUCAUAUCUAAGAAAAAAGAUUCAAAAGGCUGGAACUGGCUUUGCCUUUGCUGA